AGAGAGAGAGAGAGAGGGCAGCAUUCCUUCGGCGUUGAAUUUUUUAUGAAACCUCGGGAAACCCACCAAUGAUCCCUCCGAACCCGAACCACAUCUUCUUCGUCUGCAUUGCCAGAGGAGCCUCCCCGAUCCUCGCCGAAUUCUCCGGCGACCCCGAUCUCCGGCCCCUGGCUCACCAAUGCCUCCUCCGCGCCCCGCCGCACCACUCCUCCUUCUCCCACACCGUCCGCGGUCGUUCCUACACUUUCCUGAUCGCCGAUCCCCUCGCCUACUUCGCCGUCUCCGACGACUCCCUCGAGAGGCCCGAGGUCCUCCGGUUCCUGGAUCGCCUGCGGUCCUCCUUCGAGGAGGCGGUCGGUCGCGAGGUUACGAGAUGUCCCGAUGAUUUGAGGUCGUAUUGCUUUCAAUCCCAAUUCGAUGAGAUUCUCCGCGAGCUGAUGCGGCCGGGCGGCGGCGUAUUCCAUUCGUGGCCUGGCUCGAUCACCACGAGCGCGGAGAGUAGUAGGAACGCCAGCCUCGAUGGAGGAGGAGCCUUCAUGGCUCCGCUGUUGGGCAGCCCAGGGAAGGGGCUCAAGAAGAAAAAGAGGUUGAAUAGCGAAUCGGCCGCCGAUGGCGACGCCAAGGACUCCAAUUUCGAGAACAAGGUGGACGUGGGCGACCACGCGAAUGGGUCGUGCAGGGAUUUUCCUGCCUCGAUGCAGAAGAGCUGCGUUCAUUCGGGCGAGAGGCAGAGGGCGAAGCAAGUCUGGAAGAAGCACGUGUGGGUCGUGUUGUCCAUCGAUCUGCUCGUGUGCGUCGUCCUGUUCGGGGUGUGGCUGUGGGUUUGCAGAGGGUUUCAAUGCAUUGAUGGCUGAAACUGAAGAUCCAAGCUUCCUCCUUUUUUUGUCAUCGCGCCUUGUUUUUGAUUGGUAAUUUUUGCCCUCCUAUGAGGAAUUGUCUAUAGCAAGGGAGGACGACGGAAGAAGGAGAUUUUCAGUUGGUCGCGUCGCCAUCGCCAUGCCAGGGGGAUCUUAAGCAAAGGGUGUGUGUCUCCAUAGUCUCUUGGAGCGUGGAUUCCGGCUCUCAAUUGUAAAUCUCUUGUUUUUUUUUUUCUUCUUAUCUAUGAAAACUGUUUGAUGUCGGAUGAGUUCUGCAGAAAAUUACAUAUAUCCCUUGGAUGUUGUAUAGUUGAAGUUGAUCGCAAAACCUUUCGAGCAGUAAAUUGCCAAAUGCGUUCGAAUGCCGGAGCUAGAAAUCUUGCAGUCAUCCGUCUGUUUCUGGGUCUCUCCAAAAUUGAGUUUUUCGAGUCCUUUUGAUCGAAGUUCGAAUUUUUCUUGCGCUGACCCAACUGUAUCGCCUGUUUUUCUUUCUUUUGCCUCCUGUUUAUUUUGACUGAUGUUGGUCGGUAACUAUUUAUUACAGUAAGGUAAGGUGUCUCGGAUGCAUGACUAUGCAUGUUCAGUUGUUACUCUACAGCUAGACAUUAUUCAUAUCUUGUGCAUUGGUUGGUGUAUGGAGGAAUUUCUAUUGUUAGUUUUUCUUGGGUAAGGAAAUUUCUAUUGUUAGUUUAUCACAGUUUGCACGGACAA